GUGGACCUCCUGAGAAUGAGUCGCAUUCUGCAAGUAAGGAAGCAGUAAAGAAAAAGUCAAGAAAGGAGAAACAAAGGUUCACAAGUCCGGUUCUCUGUGAAAAUAAUUACCCCAGUGACUCCUGCACCAGUGUGGAAGCCGUUGAAAACUUAUCACCAAAAUUAUCAUUAAGAAAACGAAAAGUUUCUGAUAACAAUGUCCAAAAUAAUGAGGCACAUGCAGUGCCCAAAAAGAGGCCAAAAUCCAUACUUAAAGCCAAUUCCAAAAUAAAAGAAUCAAAAGAUAUUCAAGAAAACCAUAGUGAAAUAGAAGAUGUUCUCAGUGUCGGUGAGGAGUGUAUAAUUAACAGAAAGAAAAGAUCUCAUGUGUCAACAUUACACAGAUCAGUUAUGACUGGAGAGCAAAACCAAUCUGUUAAAAAUAUUAGGAAGUCAUUGGCUGCAUUUGGGGUUGCAUAUGGGAAAAGUCCACCUGCAAAUAAGACUGUACAAAAUGCACUUAAUGAGAGUGACACAGAGUCUGCAAAGUGUCCACGUGAAGCCUUUCUUAACACUCCAACAAAAAAUAGAAAUUUGGUAUCCUCCUUUAGAACCCCUGUGUCACAUUCUGAACAUAUGUUGGACGACUCUCUUCACAAGUCUAUAUGUCAAGAAUCCUUGUGUAAUGAAAACCAGGAUUCUCAAACAGAGAACAGUUCCACUGCAAAGUAAGUAGUUUAGGUGUAUGAUUGCCAGUUUUCACAUUUGUUUUUACCUGCCAUAGUUUUUAGUUAUUAAUUUAUUUCCUAUCCAAUAAUAAUUGAUGACAGUGUCUAUGUUUGUGUUGGUUGUUCCACAAGUGAUAGCAUAAAUGCAUAUAUUUCAGUAGAAAUUGUUAAUUAGUUUUGGAACAUAACUGUUAAGUGAUUUUUUUGAUCAUGUGUAUUUAUACUGAAAUCGAUUUUAUUCAUCUUAGUGAGAGCCCUGCCAUUAAACGAUCUGUAGAAUCCAAAAGUUCAAAGAAGAAGCAGAUUAGUCCAGACCACUCAGACGAUCCAGGUAACUUAAAUUGA